AUGCUGACCGAAUUCGACAAAACAUGUGGAUGCAUCGGUCCUCAGUUGAAUCUACAAAAGGCGAGUUCAUGCGGAACGGAUGGGUCUUGGACCACCCCAUUCACGCUCAAUGGAACGAACAUAUCCGGAUUCACCAGCUACGUUUAUCUGGGUCGGGAAUUGAGCAUGAUGAACGACCUGACCUCCGAGCUGGGCAGGAAGAGACGAGCGGCUUGGGAAGCGUAUAAGAGCAUCGAACACCCGGCUCCGUGCUCACCUCUUCAACACCACCGUACUUCCUGCUUUGACCUAUGCUUCGGAAACCUGGGCAUUUCGCAAGCAGGAAGAAAACGCGGUGAGCGUCAUUGA